UCACAUCCGUCCUGCAGCAUUGUUUCAAUAUCUGUGGACUACAUUUCCCAUGUUCCCCGGCAGGAGAUCGUUGCCAUGGUAGCGGCGGAGCUGGCGCAGCAGAGCAGUCUGGAGGCGGCUGCGCAGUCGGUGGUGGAGCGCGUCAAGCGUCUGCAUCACGACUCAUACGUGAGCGGCAGACAGAGGGCGCCACACUGCGCCAGACAUGAAGACAUGACGCUUCUGAUCAGAGUCGUUAACUACACACUCGCAGACGGCUCGCUCACACCCACACAAGGAGGACGGAUCUACCCGGUGUCUGUGCCGUACUCGAACCAUCAGAGCACCAGUAAGACCAGCGUCAUGCUGUCUCUGGUCAUGCCGGCGCAGGGAACGCUGACCAACGGCUCCAACACUGCGUCCACGCUGGAGGGAGACACACCGACCGCUGGUCAGAGUCCCACGGCGACGCUGCAGUCGACCAACACACACACGCAGAGCUCCAGCUCCAGCUCCGGAGACGGAAGCCUGUUCCGGCAGAGAGGCAGUCAGGCAGCACAACCGGACGAGACGGGAAGAGUGCCUCCAUACGUCGACUUCACACAGUUCUACCGGCUCUGGGGCUCCGAUCACGGCGAGGGCCAGGGUCUGUCUGGAGAUCUGGGGCCGCAGUGAGGAUCAGGUGAAACACAAUAUUAUUCCAUCUGUGAGCCGACAACAAUCUCCUUAAACUGUAUCUUUGGCCUGUACUCAUGGAUAGAGGAGCUCCACCGACUGUAUCAAAGGGAAACUCACAGCAUCAUGUUUUUAACACUUCACACUCACGUUUCUCUGAGCUUCUUUCUUCCUGCUUCUGUGCAGUUUGACGUCUCUGUAAAACCAAAGUGAGGUCAGACCUGCAUAUAUACGUCUGCCUGUCUGCGUUUUCUGUGUUCUUUGAGUUUUUAGUGUCUUCCUUUAAUAAACAGCUCUUGUUUCAGCACCA